AUGGCGCUCGGCCACGGCUCCAAGAAAUCUGUUUCCUGUGAGCGGGGGGGAACACCUGCAACUCUGCACAAUGGGGUAGAAGCUGGUGGUCAAACCUUGGCUCCGCCCACCAGGAAGUCCCGCUCCUGUAAGUGUGUCCUGGCCUUCAUCAUCAUCAUCAUCAUCAUCGCAGCAGGAGCCACGCUGGCCUGGUACUUCCUGGACUACAGGGUGUGGGUAUGUGAGCCUCGUGUUCAGCAGCAGUACUCGGCGCACCUGACCGUCCUCAACAGGAACUUUUCUGCUGAUCUGUCCUCUCACAGCAGCGCUGCCUUUAAACGAGAGGCUAAAGGAGUGCAGAACAUGGUGAAGAAGAUAAUGAAGUGCUCAAGUCUUUCUCGAUACUUCAAUGACACCACUGUGUUCGCCUUUGGGGAAGGGAGUGUUGUUGUUCACUUCUGGAUAGUGAUUUCCGUGCCGGGCAGCCAUGUUGGGAAGGUCACUCUGGAGACAGUGGCCAGGAGCCUGGAGGAGGGGCUGGUGGGGAGAAAAGGGCCGGGGGAGGGGGAGACAGCCAGCGUCAGUGGAUACAUCAUCCACCUCCCCUCACUGUCCGUCACAGAAACCGACUCCAUAGUUAUAGAGCUUUUGAAAGCCUCAUUUGACUGUUACCGUUACCAGCUGGUGGUCUCCAGCGGCCCCCUGGCUCUCCGCGGCCCCGACACGCAGCGCUCUUCCUGCCUGUGGCACCUCCAGACGGCCCCCGGCUUGCAGCUGGAGCUCCACAUGGAGUGGCUGCUGCCCGAGUGCCGCGACCGACUGGUGGUGUACGACUCCAUCACCCCCGCCGACACACACCUCAUCACAUCUGUGUACGGCUGCAGCAGACGUGAGAGGCUGGUGCACGUCCUGUCUUCAGGAGAGUGGAUGACGGUGGUUUGGAAACAGGGUCUAUAUAACUACAAAGACCCCUUCAGUCUAUCUGCACAGACCUGGACCCGCCGCAACUGUAGCUCCUCUAUAGAGCUGAAGGCAGUUUCGGGGGUCCAGGGGUCUCUGAGGACGCCUUUCUUCCCCAGCUACUACCCCCCCAACACAAACUGUACCUGGAGCUUUACCAUGCCGGCUGCAGGGAUGGGUUUGUCUCUGGAGUUCGAUGGUUACAAGCUGAGCAGAGCCGGGUAUAAUCAGGUCUGCACUCAGGGUCAGUGGAUCGUCCAGAACCGCAGACUGUGCGGUACUUGGGUUCUGCAGCCCUACACCGAGCGCCUCUUCCUAAUCUCCACGACGACCACGGUUGUCAUGACGUCAGAGGUGUCAAUCACAGGGCCGGGACUUCAGCUGCGAUACAGAGUCUUCAACCAAUCAGAUCCGUGCCCUGGUCAGUUUCUGUGCACCAUUAACGGCCUGUGUGUUCCCGCCUGUGAUGGAAUCAAAGACUGUCCCAACGGACUUGACGAGAGCAACUGUGUGUGUGUGGCGCAGUACCAGUGUCCAGAGGACAGUCAGUGUGUGGACUACUACAAGGUGUGUGACCAACUCCCAGACUGCACCGCAGCAUCAGACGAGAUUAACUGUACUGGAGGUGUGCAGUGUUCAGAUAGGACCUAUGUGUGUGCUGAUGGAACGUGUCUGAAGAAGCCGAACCCCGAGUGUGACUUUGUGACCGACUGCCCCGACGCCUCCGAUGAGAAGCACUGUGACUGCGGCCUGAGGCAGUUCUCCAGUCGUAUUGUGGGCGGGGCUAACGCCACGGAGGGGGAGUGGCCAUGGCAGGCCAGCCUCCAGGUGCGGGGCUACCACAUCUGCGGGGGGGCGCUCAUCUCCAGCCAAUGGGUUGUGUCCGCCGCCCACUGUUUCGAUGACGACAGUCUGUACUCCCCCUCGGUGUGGACGGUGUACCUGGGGAAGCUCCGUCUGAACCCCAGCAGCUCCACUGAAGAAGUGGCUCGAGUUUUACGGAUCCAGCUCCACCCGUACUACAACUCCGAGUCCCACGACUACGACCUGGCGCUGCUGCAGCUGGACCGACCCGCCUCCGCUCUGCUGGCCGGACACAACCGACCCGCCUGCCUGCCCCCCCCCACACAACAGCUGGAGCCCGGGCUGCUCUGCUGGGUCACCGGGUGGGGGGCACUCAGAGAGGGGGGCAGUGCCAGUAACGUGCUUCAGAAGGUGGACGUUCGCCUGGUCAGCGAGGAAGCCUGCGUUCGCUCCUACGGUCACCUGGUCACUCCCAGAAUGCUUUGCGCUGGUUACCGCAGUGGAGACAAAGACGCCUGUCAGGGGGACUCCGGGGGGCCGUUGGUCUGCCAGGAGCCGUCGGGGCGCUGGUUCCUGGCCGGGGUCGUGAGCUGGGGAAAAGGCUGCGGGCGUCCAGACUUCUACGGCGUCUACACCCGCAUCACCAGGCUCACUGAGUGGAUCCAGGAGGUCAUCAGCAGCCCCUGA